CAAGUCCAAGUGCCACUAAGGUAAUGCCCAAGAUACAUACCUACCUAGGUACCUAUUUGUUUUGCGAACUAGCAUCAUGCUACAGGGUAGGUGAGCAACACCAAGUGUAUUCAGUCGGCCCAUCGCAGGUUCAAGAAGCGAGAACCAAAAUUUUGUCGGUUGAAUUGGCCCAUGAAGGUAAUGUGCUGCAAUACAUUUGGUAUAAAUUUACAUUUUCACUUUGACCACUCUCGUUCAUCAAGUUGAUAGGAGCCCAUCAAGAGGGCCCCACGUGAUUACUCCGAAAGCUCUGGUGGAUUUCCCGAAAUUGUUACGGCACUGGACCCCGCCAUCAACCUGCGCAACUUGGUCGCCGUCGAAACAUCAGCUACCCAAAAUGGCCGAAAUACAAGCAAAACUACAGUCGCUGUCCGAUGACUACAAAAAGCUGCAGUCGGAGCUGGACACGGCGGUCCAGGCUAGGCAAAAGCUUGAGGCUCAGCUGCAAGAGAACCUCGGCGUGCAAAAGGAAUUCGAAAAGAUGAAGGAUGGCGAGACCAUUUACAAGCUUACUGGUCCGGUCCUCCUGAAGCAGGACAAAGUCGAGGCUGACAGCACUGUCAAGGGCCGGAUUGAGUUUAUCAAGAAUGAAGUUGAGCGGCUAGAGAAGCAGAUAAGCGAUGGUCAGGACAAAAUGGAGAAGAAAAAGGGAGAGAUCAUUCAGGUCCAGACCAGCGCCCAACAGCAGGCCGCCCAGGCAUAAUCUAGGCGGUGAGCUGGAAUGCUCGUAUUUCCUCACCAAUAUAUCACCCCAGUAACUAGUUGUGAUGUGUGAUGGAUGCAGGGAGGCCUGAAGAUGCAAGAGCAAAGCCGCGAUGGCAGUAGCUUGAAUGACCCGGCUUGCCCAGACAAUCUACAUGUUGGGCAGAGGUUGGAGACGGUGAAGGGUGGCGUCAAUAGCGCGUUUAUUGGACCUAAGCGUUGGAAAUCGGUUCCGUCGUGGCUCCGGGACAACGGACGGACGGGCUUGGGUGGGUGGGUAAGGAAAGUUUGUUGAACUAUCCGAAAUCUGCAGUCCGAACUGGACGCUGAGGGAUGCGGAGUUGCAAUGCCGAUGGCAAAUUUGUUCCCAAAACAAACCACAUUCUCAGCAUGGAUGCAAAUCUCGGGCUUGCGGACAAUGGAAGUCUGCGUUUAGGCUUUCCUUCCGGGAGGGUAGGUAAGAAAUGACUUGACAUUGGUCUUGGCUUGCGCCAGGCUGAACAUGUGGCCUGCGGAGAAGCCGACCUUCUCACCGUCCAGAAGCCGCGGCAGAUAAACUGUGUUAUUUGGCAGGCACUCGCCUUGGAGGACCCUGCGAUACAGUUCAUGUGGUCGUCAAUCAACUGUAGAUACACCCUGGUACACAAGCGCUCAUCAACUCAUGUCUUCACCUGGUUGCACA